AUGGUCAACCCCGACCUCAGCGCUUUCAGCGAAGAAGACCAACGCGACAUCGAGGCGGAGCUCCAGGAGGGCUACGCCGAGAUUGAGGAGAAGUACGCCGUCGACACCCAGCAGGGCUUUGAGAACGUUCUCGUUGUCGACAAUGUUCCCCUCGUCAACGAGUCCAAGAAGGACAAGCUCAUUGAGCGUCUGAGGCAGACCUUUGCCAAGGCCGGUGCCCCCAUUGACGAGGACCGCGUCAACAUGCCUUGGGAAGGCGACUCCAACAAGGGCUUCCUUUUCCUCACCUACCCUGACGGUGCCGAGGCUGAGCACGCUCUCCGCGUGAUUGACGGCGCCUCGUUCGGUAAGAACGUCCUGCACGUCAACCGCUUCGGCGACAUUGAGCGCUUCGCCAACCUCCCCAUCGGUGAGGGCGAGCUCCCCGCUGGCUGGCGCGAGAAGGCCUUCAUUGAGAAGGACCACCUCCGCAGCUGGCUCGGUGACGUUGCUGGCCGUGACCAGUACAUCACCUUCCGUGACCAGGAGGUCAACCUCUGGUGGAACGGCCGCAACGGCACCGCCGAGGCCGUCAAGGACACUGAUGGCAAGCCCAUCAAGAACCAGAAGUGGGGUGAGCUCUACCUCCAGUGGUCGCCCCUCGGUACCCACCUUGCCUCGCUCCACCGUGUCGGUGUCGCUCUCUGGUCGGGCCCCAAGCUUGACGGCCCCAUUGGCGUCAACGUCCUCCGCUUUACCCACCCCGGUGUGCGUCUUAUCCAGUUCUCGCCCUGCGAGAACUACCUCGUCACCUGGUCCGAGGAGCCCCUUGGCAACUUUGAGAACCACGCCAACGCCGCUCUCCGUGAGACCUUUGGCCCCGACGACGAGGGCAACCAGUUUGUCAUCUGGGACGUCAAGACCCAGCGUGUGCUCCGUACCUUUGCCGCCGACCAGUCGGCCCAGGCCGAGGGCCGCCCCCAGCAGGCCUGGCCCAUCUUCCGCUUCUCGCCCGACGACGCCUACGUCGCUCGUGCCCAGGUCGGCUCGGCCAUCCAGAUCUACGAGCUCCCCGGCAUGGGCCUCUUGGACAAGAAGAGUGUCAAGAUUGAGGGUGUCCAGGACUUUGAGUGGUGCCCCAUGAGCGAGAAGGACUGGGCCAACCGCAAGGCUGGCAAGGGCCGCGAGUGCAUGCUCGCCUACUGGACCCCCGAGGCCCAGAACCAGCCCGCCCGUGUCAACCUCAUGGCCAUUCCCUCGCGUACUGUCCUCCGUUCGAAGAACCUCUUCAACGUCACCGACUGCAAGUUCUACUGGCAGAACCAGGGCGACUUCCUCUGUGUCAAGGUCGACCGUCACGCCCGCAAGGCCAAGACCAAGAAGGCCACCUUCUGCAACCUCGAGCUCUUCCGUCUCCGGGAGAAGGACUACCCCGUCGAGGUUAUCGAGCACAAGGACUACGUCCCCACUUUCGCUUGGGAGCCCAGUGGAAACCGUUUCGCCAUUGUCUCGACCAACGACCCCAACUUUGGCCAGAACGUCCCCGGUGCCAUCAUCAAGUACACCGUCUCGUUCUACCAGCUUGACCCCAAGAAGGGCGACUUUGCCCCCAUCAAGCACCUCGAGGGCAAGGUUGCCAACACCCUCAUGUGGUCGCCCCGUGGUCGCCACAUUGUCCUCGCUUCGAUGGGCUCGUCCCAGAAGUUCGACAUCGAGUUCUACGACCUCGACUUCACUCUUGCCGACACUGACAAGCGUGAGGUCGCCGAGCCCGGAGCCAACGUCCAGCAGCUCGCCAUCGGUGAGCACUACGGUGUCACCGAGAUCUCGUGGGACCCCUCUGGACGCUACCUCGCUUCGUGCGCCUCGUCGUGGCGCAGCACCCCCGAGCCCGGAUUCACCAUCUGGGACUUCAAGGGCCAGCAGCUCGUCCACCAGAGCCAGGACAAGUUCAAGCAGUUUGUCUGGCGUCCCCGCCCCCCUACCCUCCUCUCCAAGGACACCCAGCGCAAGAUCCGCAAGGAGCUCAAGGACUUCUCGCGCCAGUUCGACGAGGACGAUGCCGCCGAGGAGAACCGCGGUUCGGCCGAGAAGCUCGCCCAGCGCCAGCGCGAGAUUGCCGAGUGGGACGCCUGGCGUGCCCGCAACAACGCCCGUCUUGCCGAGGCCCGCGAGGCCCUUGGCAAGGAGCUCAAGCACGCCGCUGCCGGCGAGCAGGAGCAGGUGUCCGAGUGGGUCGAGGAGCUCAUCGGCGAGGAGACCGAGCUCGUGUAA